ACUUCCGGGUCAGGGAGGUGUGUCCAAAAGCAAGGAGGAAGCAAAAUCCGCCGGCAUUCCCACGCCUGCCACAGUUCCUUGGGACGGCCUCUGAUUUUCCGGGAGGGCCUGUCCACCCCUCUGUCUCUUUAAGAAAUCACUUAGUCUCUGGCUUUACUCUUCCCACAUCCUUUGCCUGAUUACUCCUGUACGUCUAGAGAUCGAAAAAUACUGCAGAGUAGAGAGGAAGGGGCUGUAGAAGAAACAAGCGAAACUCAUUCCUUGGGGGGCGCCCUGGAGAAGGGUCAUUUCCUGCCUUCUCAGACCGGCUACCUCAAUUAGUUAUUCGCUCCUGUCUUCAGAGCUUCAGUUGCUCUUUCACUUCCCGAUUCCGCAAGAGCUCUGGGGAGGCAGAGUUAUGGAGAAACGCCUGCAGGAGGCUCAGCUGUACAAGGAGAAAGGGAACCAGCGUUACCGAGAAGGGAAGUACCGAGAUGCUGUAAGUAGGUACCAUCGAGCUCUGCUUCAGCUGCGGGGUCUGGAUCCAAAUCUGCCCUCCCCGAUACCCAAUCUAGGACAUCAGGGCCCGGCCCUCACACCUGAGCAGGAGAACAUACUGCAGACCACGCAGACAGACUGCUACAACAAUCUAGCUGCCUGUCUCCUUCAGAUGGAGCCAGUGAACUAUGAACGAGUGAAAGAAUACAGUCAGAAAGUCCUGGAACGACAACCUGAUAAUGCCAAGGCCUUGUAUCGGGCUGGAGUAGCCUUCUUCCAUCUGCAGGACUACGACCAGGCUCAGCAGUACCUCCUGGCUGCUGUCAACAGGCAGCCAAAAGAUGCCAAUGUCCGACGGUACCUCCAGCUAACACAGUCGGAACUCAGUAGCUACCAUCAGAAGGAGAGACAGCUCUACCUGGGCAUGUUUGGUUAACAAAGAAGAAAGAUGCUCCUCCACUUGAACUUGAAAGUUAAAGACCCAUCCAGGGGAAACCUGAGCCUCAGCAAGAGAAAUUAACCCCAUACCUCUCUGACCCAGGUGGAUUUCUGUUUUGUUUCGAGCCCUGCACAAACUCCUUGGCACUUACGCAGUCUGGUUUUCUUUUGUUGUUGUGUUGUGCUCUGUUUCUCAGGUCUGUCCAUCUGUAUUUGUAUACCUUUCCAUACAUGAUUCUUGCGGAUAUUGCCUUGAGAGUACAGUCACCUAUAGGUGUGAUUAAUCCUCUCUGUGGCACAGAUUUUAAUGGUAGAUGUUGUUAACAUGUAUUCAUGUACAGAGGAGAAAGCUAGUAAAGUAUGAAAGAAUGACAAAAGAA